AUGGCAAUUGGAGGCUUUUUCCACCUCUUCAGCGACUCUUUCAACCCUCAUUCGGUCUCUUCCGUUUCACACUUCGGUCUUCUUGUACCUCCCGGAAUCCCCUCGCGGCUCGAACGGACGGACUGCGAACGGCGUCACUGCUUCGUGGUUGUUGACGCCUCCUUCUCUUGCUCCGGCAGACCCGAUAAGUCUGAAAAGGACCAAUCGUAA